CUUAUAGCCCAUCCCUGCACUCUCUCCUUUAUCUGCUCCUCAAGCUGCUCAUCUCCUCACUCAGCACAGAGAGUCAUCACACACUGACAAGAUGCUGCCAGCACUCUGCUCUCUCUUCACUGCUCUCUCAUGUGUCAGUGGUGUGACUGUGGUGACACAGAAGCCUCCUGUUCUCACAGUGACUAAAGGAGAGACGACCACUAUGCAUUGUAAUCUGGGAACUGUUACUAAUUAUGCAGCUUAUUGGUAUAAACAGGUUCCAGGAGAAGCUCCACAGCAUGUAAUAAGACAUCAUCAUAGCUGGAGCUCUCCUAACUAUGGAUCUGGCUUCUCCUCUCCUAAAUUCACAUCAACAUGUUCAUCUAAUUCCGACUGUAGUGUGAUCAUCAGUAAUGUGGAGGUAGGAGACUCUGCAGUGUAUUACUGUAGCACAUGGGACGGCUCUGCUAGUGAAACAGUAUUCGGCCAAGGAACAAAGCUGAUCGUCACUGACUCUGCUGUCCCGGCUGAUGUUCUGACCAUCUUCCCUCCAUCCAGUGAAGAGCUGAAGUCUAACAAAGCCACUCUAGUGUGUUUGGCCAGUGACAUGUUCAGUGCUUUUGCUGAUGUGCAUUGGCUGUUAGGCGGAAAGGCGGUCAGCAGUGGAGUGACCACUGGCUCUGCAGCACAGCAGGCCAAUAAGAAAUUCAGACUGAGCAGCUAUUUGACCAUCGAGAGAUCAGAGUGGGAUAAAGAUAAAGCCAUAACAUGUGAAGUGUCUGCUGCCUCAAAAGCCACAACUAAAGAGAUUAAGAAGUCUGAAUGCAGCGACUGAACCGGAUCACAUCUGAUACUUUUUCAUUCUUUUCCUG